CAACACACACGCGGGCAGUUGCAACACAGCAGGGGUGACCUGUAGCAUGGCGUCAGCAAAAGUGUCUCUCUCCAUCUCGGAGGAAGGCGGAGAAGAGGAGGAGAAGAGGAGGGUGAGAGGAGGAGGAGGAGGGAGAGGGGGACGAGGGGGACGAGGAGAGGAGAGCAGAGGAGGACGAGGAAGAGGAGAGGAGAGCAGAGGAGGUCGAGGAAGAGGGGGAAGAGGAGAGGAGAGCGGAGGCGGAGAGGAGGAGGAGGACAAGGCGAUGCUGGUCAGACACUAUCAGGCUCAGGAGAUGGUUCUGCCCCGUAAGCCUCUACUGCACCCCCUGCUGGACAAACAGAUAUCUGCAUGGGCCAGUGUGCAGGUGUGUGCAGGUGUGUGUAGUUUUGCGCUGGGCGUGGUCUUGGCCUCCACUGCGGACUAUAACGUUUUUGCGCUGGGCGUGGUCUUUGCCUCCACUGCGGACUUCAACUCCUUCCUCAUCGUCCUCUUCAGAAUCCCCUUCCUGAACGGGGCGCUGACGGAGGUGCUGGUCCUGGUGGUGACUGUAAUCCAGAUCGUGCUGUCGGGUCUUCUCGUCUUCUGGAUCUACAGGGAACAGAAGCGCCUCAAGACCACCCACUAA